AGCAUAUCCACCGCCUAUCAUUUGGAUUCCACACAGGCGUAGAGCAGCUCGGUCACGACAUGGAAGGCCACUCGCCUUCAUCAUCUGCCUCACAUUUUCGAUUUUCCUCUCUCUGCACCACACUUCGCCAAAGCCACAACCAUUUCUCCAAAAUCAACUCUCUUUCACCUCCAAAAAUGUCUCUUUAUCUCUCCUCCAAUGUACUCACUCUCCACUCUCCGAAGACCAGAAGCUUCAGAAACUGUUCUGCUUCUCAAUUCAUCAACCAGAAUCAGGUAACCCCAGCACCAUAUGCUAUAACACGUUUGCCUUUGAGUUUAUCACAAUCGCCUAAAUUUAGUAGAGAGAGGUUUCUACCCAUUACAGCUUCAAUCACCCCAACUGUUGAACCCCCAUCUUCAUUCAGAGGCAAAAACGCAAGCGAAAUCAAUGUGGUGGUGGUGGGUUCAACUGGGUACAUAGGAAAAUUUGUGGUGAAAGAGUUGGUUAGUAGAGGGUUCAAUGUCAUAGCAAUUGCUAGAGAAAGGAGUGGGAUUAGAGGAAGGAAUAGAAAAGAGGAUACCUUAACUGAGUUAAAUGGAGCUAAUGUGUGGUUUUCAGAUGUGACUUCUUUAGAUGUUCUGGAGAAGUCUCUGGAGAAUUUGGGGUUGCCUAUUGAUGUUGUUGUCUCUUGCCUCGCUAGCCGCACUGGUGGGGUUAAGGAUUCAUGGAAAAUUGAUUAUGAGGCCACGAAGAAUAGUCUUGUUGCUGGGAGGAAACGUGGGGCUUCUCAUUUUGUAUUGCUUUCUGCCGUUUGUGUGCAGAAACCGCUUCUUGAAUUUCAGCGGGCCAAGCUGAAAUUCGAGGCUGAAUUGAUGAAAGAGGCAGAAGAGGAUGAUGGUUUCACGUAUAGUAUUGUGAGGCCAACAGCUUUCUUCAAGAGUUUGGGAGGACAGGUUGAGUUGGUGAAAGAUGGGAAGCCAUAUGUUAUGUUUGGGGAUGGAAAAUUGUGUGCUUGUAAGCCUAUUAGUGAGCAGGAUUUGGCUUCAUUCAUUGCAGAUUGUGUACUGGAGAAAGAUAAGAUUAACCAAGUUUUGCCUAUUGGCGGGCCGGGGAAGGCCUUGACUCCGUUGGAACAAGGGGAGAUGUUAUUUAGACUUGCAGGGAGGAAACCCAACUUCUUGAAAGUGCCAAUUGGUAUAAUGGAUUUUGCUAUCGGCUUUCUUGAUUUUCUCGUCAAGAUUUUUCCUUCAAUGGAAGAUGCUGCUGAGUUUGGGAAAAUUGGUAGGUAUUAUGCAGCUGAGAGCAUGUUAGUUUUGGAUCCAGAAACUGGAGAGUAUAGUGCUGAGAAAACUCCAAGCUAUGGAAAAGACACGUUAGAGGAAUUCUUUGAAAGGGUGCUCAGAGAAGGGAUGGCUGGUCAGGAAUUAGGAGAACAGACAAUUUUUUAAAUGCCCUGUUCCAGUUGACGUUUGUAAAUUCAAAUGCUCAAAUGUUCAAUCAUUUUCCUAAAUUGUCUAAGGUAUGCAGGUUUUUAUCUUUUAAUUGAUCGGUAUCUUGUAUGAGUUAUAAACUAGAUGGUUUUGUAAAGUUUUCAGUCAUCCAAACUAAUAAAUUUGCAUUGUAAAAUGCUUUUUGACCA